AUGUCUGACCUUAAGACCAAAUUUGAAGCCGCUGCUGCGCUAGUGAAGACGUUUACCAAGAACCCUACCAACGAUGAAAAGCUCGCUCUCUAUGCCUACUACAAGCAGGCCACUAUUGGUGACAACACGACGCCCGCCCCGGGAAUGUUUGAUCUGACGGGUAAGGCCAAAUGGAAUGCUUGGAACGCCAAAAAAGGUCUGUCCACGGAGGACGCGAUGAAUGCUUAUAUCGAUGAGGUGGAGAAAUUGAAGGCUAUCUACGCUUGA